AUGGACAAUACUUAUCUCUCUCUCUGUCUGUCUGUCUCUAUCUCUCUCUCUGUCUGUCUGUCUCUAUCUCUCUCUCUGUCUGUCUGUCUCUCUCUCUCUCUCUGUCUGUCUGUCUGUAUCUCUCUCUCUGUCUUUGUCUGUAUCUAUCUCUCUCUCUCUUUGUCUGUAUCUAUCUGUCUCCGUCUCUAUCUGUCUGUCUGUCUGUCUCUAUAUCUAUCACACUUUCUUGUCGCCAAAAUUGAGUCGCUUCCAGGAAUGGAGCAAGGCCAGAUAUCUUUGGAUGAUUUUACGCUUCUCCGAGUGAUUGGACGUGGCAGCUAUGCCAAGGUGCUGAUGGUCGAGCAGAAAACUACCAAGCGUAUUUAUGCCAUGAAAGUCAUUAAAAAAGCCAUGUUUAAUGAUGAAGAAUGCAAAGUUUUUCUCUUUCCCAUUCCGAAAAGUGCAAAGUUUUUCUUUCCCAUUCCGAAAGUGCAAAGUUUUUCUUUUCCCCAUUCCGAAAAGUCUAAGUUUUUCUUUUCCCAUUCCGAGUGCAAAGUUUUUCUUUUCCCAUUCCGAGUGCAAAGUUUUUCUCUUUCCCAUUCCGAGUGCAAAGUUUUUUCUCUUUCCCAUUCCGGCGAAGUGCAAAGUUUUCUCUUUCCCAUUCCGAGUGCAAAGUUUUUCUCUUUCCCAUUCCGAGUGCAAAGUUUUCUCUUUCCCAUUCCGAAAAGCAAAGUUUUCUCUUUCCCAUUCCGAGUGCAAAGUUUUCUCUUUCCCAUUCCGAGUGCAAAGUUUUUCUCUUUCCCAUUCCGAGUGCAAAGUUUUUCUUUUCCCAUUCCGAGUGCAAAGUUUUCUCUUUCCCAUUCCGAGUGCAAAGUUUUCUCUUUCCCAUUCCGAGUGCAAAGUUUUUCUCUUUCCCAUUCCGAAAAGCAAAGUUUUCUCUUUCCCAUUCCGAGUGCAAAGUUUUUCUCUUUCCCAUUCAGUGCAAAGUUUUUUCUCUUUCCCAUUCCGAGUGCAAAGUUUUCUCUUUCCCAUUCCGUGCAAAGUUUUUUCUUUCCCAUUCCGAGUGCAAAAGUUUUUCUCUUUCCCAUUCCGAAAGUGCAAAGUUUUUCUCUUUCCCAUUCCGAGUGCAAAGUUUUCUCUUUCCCAUUCCGAGUGCAAAGUUUUUCUCUUUCCCAUUCCGAGUGCAAAGUUUUCUCUUUCCCAUUCCGAAAGUGCAAAGUUUUUCUCUUUCCCAUUCAAAGUGCAAAGUUUUUCUCUUUCCCAUUCCGAAAGUGCAAAGUUUUUCUCUUUCCCAUUCCGAGUGCAAAGUUUUUCUUUUUCCAUUCCGAAAAGCAAAGUUUUUCUCUUUCCCAUUCCGAAAAGCAAAGUUUUCUCUUUCCCAUUCCGAGUGCAAAGUUUUUCUUUCCCAUUCCGAGUGCAAAGUUUUUCUCUUUCCCAUUCCGAGUGCAAAGUUUUUCUCUUUCCCAUUCCGAGUGCAAAGUUUUUCUCUUUCCCAUUCCGAGUGCAAAGUUUUUCUCUUUCCCAUUCCGAGACAUUGAUUGGAUUAAUACUGAAAAGCAUGUAUUUGAAACAGCUACAAAUUACCCUUUCUUAGUUGGGUUGCAUUCUUGUUUUCAAUCUCUGAGUCGGUUGUUCUUUGUGAUAGAAUUUGUAAAUGGUGGUGACCUCAUGUUCCACAUGCAACAGCAGCGGAGACUUCCAGAGGAUCAUGCACGAUUUUAUGCAGCUGAAAUCUGUCUGGCCUUAAACUUUCUCCAUGAACGAGGUAUUGUGUACCGUGAUCUUAAACUGGACAAUGUACUUCUGGAUGCUGAAGGACAUAUCAAACUUACUGAUUAUGGCAUGUGCAAAGAAAAUUUAUUUGGUGGAGAGACAAAUACAUUCUGUGGCACACCCAAUUAUAUUGCCCCUGAAAUACUCCGAGGAGAACCAUAUGAUUUCAGUGUUGAUUGGUGGGCCCUCGGUGUGUUAAUGUUUGAGAUGUUGGCAGGUCGUUCCCCAUUUGAUGUUGUAGGCAGCGACAAUCCUGAUCAGAACACUGAAGAUUAUCUUUUUCAAUGUAAAAUUGAUUUUGAAAGACCAAAAAAAUUUAUACUUUUUGAAACCUCACUUAAAUUGAUUUUCUUUUCUUCCCCUCCCUCUCUUUUCCCCUCCCUCUCUUUUCCCCUCCCUCUCUUUUCCCCUCCCUCUCUUUUCCCCUCCCUCUUUUUCCCCUCCUCUCUUUUCCCUCCCUCUCUUUUCCCCUCCCUCUUUUUCCCCUCCUCUCUUUUCCCUCCCUCUCUUUUUCCCCUCCUCUCUUUUCCCCUCCCUCUCUUUCCCCUCCCUCUCUUUUCCCCUCCCUCUCUUUUCCCCUCCCUCUUUUCCCCUCCCUCUCUUUUCCCCUCCCCCUCUCCCCCUCUCUAUCUCCCUCUCUCUUUCCCUUCUCUCUACCUUUUCCCUAACAAUUUCUCUCUCCUCUUCCCCCUUCUCUCUCCCCCUCUCUCGUUCCCUUUUUUUGUGGAGCACAUUGCUCCACAAAAAGGGGAACUUAGAGAAAUUUUUUCUUUUCUCUUCAUUUUUCUCUUUCACGUUUUUUUUCCUUUUCUCCUCUCUUUUUUUCCCUUUUCUCCUUUCCUUUCCUUUUCUCCUUUCCUUUCCUCCUUUCCUUUCCUCCUUUCCUUUCCUUUCCUCCUUUCCUUUCCUUUUCUCCUUUCCUUUCCUUUUCUCCUUUCCUUUCCUUUUCUCCUUUCCUUUCCUUUUCUCCUUUCCUUUUCUCCUUUCCUUUUCUCCUUUCCUUUUCUCCUUUCCUUUUCUCCUUUCCUUUUCUCCUUUCCUUUUCUCCUUUCCUUUUCUCCUUUCCUUUUCUCCUUUCCUUUUCUCCUUUCCUUUUCUCCUUUCCUUUUCUCCUUUCCUUUUCUCCUUUCCUUUCCUUCCCCCUUUCUUCUCCUUUCCUUUCCUUUUCUCCUUUCCUUUCCUUUUCUCCUUUCCUUUCCUUUUCUCCUUUCCUUUCCUUUUCUCCUUUCCUUUCCUUUUUUUUUCUCUUCUCCUUUCCUUUUCUCCUUUCCUUUUUUUUUCUCUUCUCCUUUCCUUUUCUCCUUUCCUUUUUUUUUCUCUUCUCCUUUUUUUUUUUCCUUUUCUCUUCUCCUUUUUUUUUUUUUUCUUUUUUUUUUUUUCUUCUCCUUUUUUUUUUUUUUUUUUCUUCUUUUUUUUUUUCCUUUUCUCUUCUCCUUUUUUUUUUCCUUUUCUCUUCUCCUUUUUUUUUUUUUUCUCUUCCUUUUUUUUUUUUCCUUUUCUCUUCUCCUUUUUUUUUUUUUUCCUUUUCUCUUCUCCUUUUUUUUUUUUUCCUUUUCUCUUCUCCUCUUCUUUUCUCCUUUUCUAUAG